AUGUUCACAUCACAGUCCGGGUCUUUCAUUGUCCUUUUUGGUUUAACGGCUCUGGUUCUCGCUUUCAACGAGGUUCCUGGGCCUUCAUGCGAAGGAACCGGAAAUGCAUGCAGCUACAGCUAUGUCAGCGGCGGUGGCGACACCGUCACCGUUAACGGGUUCUGCGCGCCAAAUGGAUUCUGUGCCGACAACGGUGCUGCGUGCACGACAUCCGAUCAAUGUUAUGACUAUUGCGGGAACGGAGUUUGUGGCGGUCUCGGUGCAACUUGCGAUAGCACAGAUGCUUUUUCGCAUAAUCAGUUUAGUAUCGCAUGCUACACUGACGGUGGCUAUACUUGCAACGCCGAUGGCAGCACUGGCCAGUGCGUGUUGUCUGCAUCUUUGGCCGCGAGGAAGCGUGCGCGCCAGCAGCUCUCUAUGGGCCCUCGACCCGUGUCAUGCAGGCGAGACAAUGAUUCGCUCUGUCCGAGCCUGGGUGGGCUGACUGGGGAAAUGGAGUGUGUGGACCUUGCGAGCGAUUUCGAGAAUUGCGGACAAUGCGGGAUAGAAUGUGGAAGCAUGGAGGGUGGUGCAGUGGUGGAAUGCGUGCAGGGCAAGUGCUUGGCCAUGAGCUGCAGGAGGGGUUGGACGCUGUUGGACGACGAGUGUGUCCGCAGUAUCACCCCUGCUACCCAGGUCUGA